UCUCUCUUGCUCUAACGAAGCUGUUCAGAGAUUUAAAUGUGAUGCUCAGAGCUGUUGGUGGCUUCGCUUGAACUAAACGAGCGGUUUUUGUUAAAUUAUCUCGGCGACAGAAGUUUAUACAUUUUAACGGACAAUUAUAAUUAAUCUGUUGCGUUUAUCGUGACUAGUGAACACGCUGAGGGAGCGAACUGGGCCGUUAAACUGUCAGGAGUAAGCUAGCUACCAUAUUAGGUAACGUUGGUUAGGUUUUUUUCUGAACAAAAACACGUUUAACGGUGCUGUUAAUGACUUUUAACAACGCUAAUACAGAAGUGUAAUUGAUAACGAUGUACAGGAGUGUGUAGCAGUGUCUCAGCUCCUCUCCUGUGAACAGUUAACUGUCAGUGUCACAGUCUCUGUUCACCUGCUGACACAGUUUCAACAUGUAGCACCAGCUGAACCUGGACAGUGAUGAAUGCUGGGAAGCAGGAAAUCCAAAUAAAAAGAGUUUCCUCGAAGAAGAGGUCGAGGGUCAGCCUGCAGACUCACCUGACACCUGCCAGGAAGAAGAGAGGAGGGGGAACCUGUCUACAGCAAUGUCCCAGAAACAGGAAGCUUAGCAGCAUCAUGGCUCAAAUACAACCUGCUGAGUACUGCAGCAGCAGUGAGGACUUAUUCGGGGACUAUGACAGUCUCCUGGAGGGCAGCUCCUUCCUGGCGAAGCUGGACGAUGCAGAACAAAGUGAAAGGCAGCGUGACGUCCAGACUUCACCUCACAUCGUUGCUGUGGAUCAGCAGGACUUCAGGACUCUGGGACUGGCCGAGGAGGCCGUCUGGACUUGGUCCGGUGAGGACAACCUCACAGACUCCAUCUUAAACGGACUCGGAGACGAACCCUUUGAGGACAUGCCGUCCAGCCAGGUUCAGUUUCAGGAACAGGUGGAUGAACAUGUGAAGAGGAGCCGGCUGCAGGACGGAGGGAAAACCUCGACACCUUCCAGAGACACUGAGGGGACAGCUGAGGCGGGGACGGACAGGAACAUGGACGAUAAGACAAAGAGACGAAGCAAAGCGAGAAGGAGUGUGACGGACAAGCUGAAGAGGACGAUGCUCGGUAACGCUGCCGCUCCCUCAAAUCUUUCUCGGACCGUGGUGUUAAAGGAGGCAGUGGUUUCCGAGGAGAUGAGCGUCGCCAUGCAGGCCAUGGAGACGGUGUCAGCUGAGACGCCCGACCUCGGGCCCUUCUAUGGACUCCCUUCCAAAGUAAAAGACCUGAUGCACAAACUGAGAGGAAUCCAGAAGUUAUAUGAUUGGCAGGAGACGUGUCUGAACCUGGACUGUGUCCAGCAGAGGAAGAAUCUGAUCUACUCUCUUCCCACCAGCGGAGGGAAAACUCUGGUCGCAGAGAUCCUCGUCCUCAGAGAGCUGCUGUGCAGGAAGAAGGACUGUCUGUUCAUCUUACCUUAUAUAUCUCUGGUGCAGGAGAAGGUGCGGGGGUUGGCGAGCUUCGGCCUGGAGCUGGACUUCACGGUGGAGGAGUACGCCGGCAGUAAGGGCAAGUUCCCGCCAGUGAGGAGGAGGAACACGAGCUCGCUGUACAUCGCCACCAUAGAGAAAGCUCACAGCCUGGUGAACUCUCUGAUAGAGAGCGGGCGGCUGGAGAACCUGGGGCUGCUGGUGGUUGAUGAGCUUCACAUGCUGGGAGACGGCAGCAGAGGGGCUGUUAUUGAAAUGACGCUGGCUAAAGUUCUGUAUAUGAGCAGAAAUACUCAGAUCAUCGGGAUGAGCGCCACUCUGGGAAACAUCAGAGACCUGCAGACAUUUUUAAAGGCUGAGAAUUACACCAACGACUUCAGACCUGUGGAGCUGAAAGAAUACGUCAAACUGAACGACACCAUCUAUGAAGUGGACCCAAAGGAAGAAGACUGCUUCAAGUUCUCACGUCUCCUCAACUUCAAGUACUCCAGUGCCAUGCAGAAGAUCGACCCGGAUCACAUCAUCGCUCUGGUCACUGAGGUCAUUCCAACACAUUCCUGUCUGGUCUUCUGUCCCACCAAGAAGAACUGUGAGAACGUCGCAGGGAUGAUCUGCAAAUAUCUGAAAGAGGACUUCCUGCGGCACAAGGAGGCGGAGAAGGCCGUCCUCCUCAGAGAGCUGCGGGACAGCGGGAACGGCUCGCUGUGUCCAGUGUUCAGGAGGACGGUGCCGUAUGGUCUGGCCUAUCACCACAGCGGACUGACCACGGAGGAGAGGAAGCUGGUGGAGGAGGCCUACUCCAACGGGGUCCUCUGUCUCCUCACCUGUACAUCCACCCUCGCCGCAGGGAUCAACCUACCUGCCCGCAGAGUCAUCCUGCGGUCUCCGUACGUGGCCACAGACUUCCUGAAGAGGAGUCAGUACAAACAGAUGGUGGGGCGGGCCGGGCGAGCCGGGAUCGACACUGUGGGAGAGAGUGUCCUCAUCCUGCAGGACAAGGACAGGAACAUGGCUCAGACUCUUGUGUGUGCGCCGAUGGAGAACUGCUACAGUAACCUGCUGCAUGACGAGGGGAAAGGCGUCCUGAGUCUCAUCCUGUCUCUGAUUGGACUGAAUAUCACCACCUCGUCCGAGCAGCUGAGGGACUUCCUGAAGGGGACGCUGCUGUUCGUGCAGCAGACACAGCUGUGUGUGGGGAGGAGCCUGUGGGAGGUGGUGACGCAGUGUGUCGACCUCCUGAAGGAGAAGGAGCUCAUCACUGUGACCUCCGACUCACAGGGUCAAACGCUGCAGGUCACCAAGCUGGGAAGAGCCACCUACAAAGGCUCGGUGGAUCUGACCUACAGUGACCUCCUGUACAGAGACCUGUGCAGGGGUCUGGAGGGUCUGCUGCUCAACAGUUACCUCCACCUGGUGUACCUGGUCACCCCGUACGACAUGAUCUCUCAGGUCAAACCCGACUGGAUGAUUUACUUCAGACAGUUCACGCUGCUGUCGGCCGCGGAGCAGAGGAUGUCUGCGGCCGUCGGCGUCCCCGAGAGUUUCGUUGCGAGAAAAGCUGCAGGACAGACGGUGAAGAACAGCGUGACCAUGGCGGUGGUCAGCAGGAUGUAUCUGGCUCUGGUCCUGUUCUCGCUGCUGAAGGAAACGAACCUGUGGAGCGUGGCCGACCGGUUCCAGCUGAGCCGAGGAUUCAUCCAGACUCUGCUCAGCUCCUCCUCGGCUUUCUGCUCCUGCGUGCUGCACUUCACAGAGGAGCUGGAGGAGCUCUGGCCCUUUAAGGCUCUGCUGACGGAGCUGACGCGGAGGCUGAGCUACUGUGUGAAGGCGGAGCUCAUCCCUCUGAUGGAGGUGGCCGGAGUCAUGGAGUCCCGAGCCAAGCAGCUCUACACCGCCGGCUACAAGACGCUGACUCACCUGGCCAACGCCGACCCCGCACUCCUGUCCAGGACCGUGGAAAACCUGUACAGGAAACAGGCCGACCAGAUCGUGGCCUCGGCUAAAAUGCUGGUGAAUGAGAAGGCGGCGGCUCUUCAGGAGGAAGUGGACGAGCUGCUGAUGACGCCGUUGGACCUUCCUCAGCUGUGACUCCUCAGAUGUUCCUGUCUCUGUCGACUGCUUCUGUUUUUAUUGUUUCAUCAGUGUGAAAUAUAUCUUCAUUAAAAUAAUGUAGACUCACUGUGUUUAAAAACUCCUGAUUAUCAUGAAGAACAGAAGAACACAUUCGCUAACGAGCCAGUCUCUAAUUGAUUCUAAAGCUGCUCUCUAUGAAAACUCUUUAACGCGAACAAAUGAACAAUCAGAUCAGUCUGAUGUUAUUCAGUCCUUUCAUAGUCAGACCCAAACCAGCAGAGUGUCGGUCCGUCUCUCAACUCCUCCCUCCUCUCUCUGUGUCUCGGCUCAUUGGUUCCUACUGACGACGUGAAUCUGUGAAAACAUCACAGGUACAAAGUUUUAUUUUUAAUUCCCUCAAACAGCUGAUCACUGUAGUUUUUAUCAAACAACCUGGAGGAAAUGAUGCAUCUGUUGGGGACUAUUUUCAGCGGCGGAUUUCUCUGGUGGUCUCCGUUGUUCUGGUUGUCAUGCGGCUUCAGCUCCAUCAACUGCACAAAGAGCCACAUGUUCUUUUUACUGACUGGAGGAAUCACCUGUGAAGCUCUGAUGUCAUUAUCGAUCGAUCAGUGGACUGUUUUCAUGAUUAAUCGAUCAGUUGUUUGAGUCAGAGGUGACGUCACAUGUCU